AUGACUGGAGAACGCAAGGUAGCCAUCAUCACUGGCGGAGCCAGUGGAAUGGGCCUAGAAGUCGUGAAAGCCCUCGCAGCCCGACCAGACUGGAAUAUCCACGUCCUCGACGUCAGCGACAGAGAAGUGGCAUCUACCUCAGCCAGAAUCACCUCCCACAAAGCCGACGUAACCAACUACGACCAGCUCGCCAAUGUCUUCCACACCAUCUUCACAACCUCGAACUCGCGGAUUGACUUCGUCUUCGCCAACGCAGGCAUCAUCGAAUCGCAAGACUUCUACAAGAAGCAGAAGACUUCUCCGCCUCCACCGCCGGACCUUCGAUCGAUUGAUGUAGAUUUGAAGGGAUUGGUGCAGACCUGCUAUUUGGCGCAGCAUUACUUCAGGCAGUCGACACAUAAAGGCCAGGGGGCAAGUUUGGUGCUUACGGCGAGUUGUGGAGCGCUGUACCCAAGCCAUUAUAGCCCGAUGUACACUGCUGCGAAACAUGGCGUACUGGGCUUCGGACGAGCGAUCGCGAACAAAAUGGCCCUGGAGGGCAUCCGCGUCAACAUAAUCUGUCCUGGCAUCGUCGAGACGAACUUGACAGGGGAGGGAGGUUGGGCUGGUUUCCCUCCUGGACUGUUCACGCCCGCAGAGAUGAUCUCGAAGACGGUCUUGCACCUUGUUGACGGCAAGGAGGAUCUCGUCGAUGCGUAUGGCGCUACGUAUUCAAAGGAGAAGCUGUAUGGGCUGGCGGUCGAGAUCAACAAGGAGAGUUUUUAUGUGAGAGGAAUCCCCGAAUUCUGUGACGACGAAAUGAAGGCGAUCAUGGAGGCGACAGAUCCAGAGAAGCAGAAGGGUGCCGUGAUCAAGGACUACGACUGA